UUUAUCGCCAUUAACCAUUUCUGUUUUUUGAAUAGAGUUCUUCAAACUGUUCUUUUAUCGCUAAUUUGACUAUGCCAAUUGUGCUUCAUGUGGAAAUAUUUAACUUCACAGGUUUUAUUCAAGUCAGAAAUAUUGUGUAAUAUGACCGAAUCUAUCUGAAUACACUGUACAACGACGAACGUCAUUUUAAGGGUUAGAGCGAGUAAAAAACAUUUCAGAAACUUGCUGGAAGACCGUCAAGAAGAUGUUGCAUGGAUUGUUGUAACUGCAUUCUAGUGUCCACAUCGUGUCAUUAGAUACAUCUAUGCACCUCCUCAUAAAGAUCAGCUGACCAUCUAAGGGCGUGAAGUUCUUCCAACCUUCUAAAUAUCUGCUUCUACUUCAUUCAAAGAGCAUUUAAACUUAAAGAACCAUGGAUAUUAAAACCGAGUCUGAAGAUAAUCUGGACUGUGAUCGGCCCGCGCCCAUUGAAGUUUUUGCCAGCAGGUCUACGCUCCAUGGCAUCUCACACAUGUUCAGUUAUGAACGCCAGUGCAUCAAACGAUGCAUCUGGAUCAUGUUUUUCAUGGGUUCGUUUUCGUUCUUGGUGCUUGUUUGCGUGGACCGCAUCAAGUUUUACUUUCAGUACCCCCAUGUCACAAAACUGGACGAGGUCACCGCACCAAUGAUGGCGUUUCCUGCCAUUACCUUCUGCAACCUGAACGCUUUCCGCUUCAGCCGCGUGACGCGCAACGACCUGUACCACGCGGGCGAGCUGCUCGCGCUGUUAAACGGCAGACUCCUGGCAUUUCAGAUGUCCAUCCGGUUUGUUUGCAAACAACUGACACAAUUGUCCGCAAUGUAACUUCCUGUUGCCUUGCGG